AUGAUGAUGAUGAUGAUGAUGAUUGAUCUCGAGACUAGUGAUGGUGUCGGGCUGCGCUUUUCGAAAAUGAAUGCGUCAGCAUUAGCACCAGCAGUAGCAGUAGCAUCAGCAGUAGCAGUAGCAGUAGCAGUAGCAGUAGUAGUAGCAGCAGCACUACUGCCAUUACCAUCAGCCACUAUCACCGUCAUCCAGGACCAUUGCUAA